AUGUCAAAACAAGCUCAUGAACUCCAGGAUGAUCCUUAUAAAGAACCCUCGUUCCUUACUACACUAGGUUAUGAUCUUUUUGUUUGGCUUAUGGGUCAAAUUUUCAAUUGUUUCUUUCGUGAAAUAAGACCUAGAGGCGCGUUUAGAAUCCCUAAAACUGGUCCUUGUAUCUUUGUUGCAGCUCCUCAUGCUAAUCAAUUUGUUGAUCCUGUGAUAUUGAUGGGUCAAGUCAAGAAUGAAUCUCAAAAAAGAGUUAGUUUCCUUAUAGCUGAAAAAUCAAUGAAAGUAUUUGGUGUUGGUCAUUUAGCUCGUUUUGCAAUGACUAUUGGUGUUAAAAGACCUCAAGAUAAUUUGAGAAAAGCAACAGGAACCAUAUCUUAUGAUGUUUCAAAACCAUUGGAAAUUAUUGGUAAAGGUACAAAAUUUACUUUAGAAGCUACUGUUAAAGGGUUAAUUGGAUUACCCAGUUCAAAAGGUAAUGCAGAAAUUUUGGAAAUCAUUAAUGAUGAAAAACUUUUAAUUAAGAAAGAAUUUAAAAAACCUGCAAUUGAACAGUUUCAAGAAUUCCCUGAAACUUCUUUUAAACUAGCUGAUAAAGUUGAUCAAAGUGAAGUUUAUAAAAAAGUAUUUGCACAUCUGUCUCAUGGUCAUUCAAUUGGUAUUUUCCCAGAAGGUGGUUCUCAUGAUCGUACUGAUUUAUUACCUUUAAAAGCUGGUGUUGCUAUAAUGGCCUUGGGGGCAAUGGCAAAUGAUCCAAAUUGUAAUGUUAAAAUCAUUCCAUGUGGUAUGAAUUAUUUCCAUCCUCAUAAAUUUAGAUCAAGAGCAGUGGUUGAAUUUGGUCAUCCAAUUGAAAUUCCAAAACAUUUAGCUAAACAAUAUGAAGAUCCUGAAAAUCAUAAACAAGCUGUCCAAGAAUUAUUAGAUACAAUUACUCAAGGUUUAAAAGCAGUUACUGUUACAUGUCCAGAUUAUGAAACUUUAAUGGUUGUUCAAGCUGCAAGAAGAUUAUAUACAAAUGAAAAAACUUUACCAAUCCCACUUAUUGUGGAAAUUAAUAGAAGAUUAGUUAUUGGUUAUAAUCAUUUUAAAGAACAUCCAGAAAUUAUUGAAUUAAGAGAAAAAAUUAUGAAUUAUAACGAAAAAUUAAAACAAUUACAUUUACCUGAUCAUGAAGUUAAUAAUGCUGCACAAGUUAAUUUAUUGAAAAAUUCAUAUAUUUUGAUUCAUCGUUCUAUAAAACUUUUAUUAUUAUUAAUUUUAUCAUUACCAGGUAUUGUUUUAUUUACACCAGUUUUUAUAAUUGGUAAAGCAUAUUCAAAUAAGAAAAAAUCUGAAGCUUUAGCAAAUUCACUUGUUAAAAUCAAAGCAAAUGAUGUUGUUGCAACUUGGAAAAUUUUAAUUGGUAUUGGUCUUGCACCAUUAUUAUACAUUUUUUAUUCAUGUCUUGGAGUUUGGUAUUUUAGAGAAUAUAGUUCACUUUCACGAAUUUCUACAUUUAUUGUGAUUUAUAUUGCAAGUGCUACUGUUACAUAUAGUGCUUUAAUAUUUGGUGAUACAGGUAUGGAUAUUUUCAAAUCUUUAAGACCUGUUUAUCUUUCACUUGUUAGUCCAGAAAUUCUUAAGGGAUUAAAAUUACAAAGAAAAGAAUUAGCUGAAAAAAUUGUAGAAAUUGUUAAUAAAUUUGGACCUGAAUUAUUUCCAGAUUUUGAUCAUUUAACAAAUUGGCAAUCCUUGGAUCAUGAUGUUGAAAAAGAAGAAGAUGCAAAAACUCGAGAAUUAAGAAAAAGAAGAAUUUUAAGUAAAAAAACAAGAAAAUUACAAAGAAAAGAAAUUGAAAAUUUAGCAAAUACAAAACAAGAAAUUUUAGAAAAUACUCAAUUUUUCACAAAUAAUUCAGAUGUUGAAAGUGAUAAUUUAAGUUCAUCAACAAGUUCAACAAGUUUAAGUUCAUUAGGUGAAUCAAAUGAUGGUUCAACAGGAUUAAGUGAUAAGAUUAGAGAAACUUUAAGAGAAAGAAGAGUUCAUGAUCAACAACAAGAAUAA